GCAGCUGUCAGGUUAAAAGGGUCGACGUGGAGUGACCGCUCACGGCCCCUGACUUGUCUGCAGACUCGAGGAGUGCAGAGAUAGGAAGCAGAGACGGAAAUGCUCGGAUCUUGUUUAAAAAUAUUUUGGCAGUUUUAAUAGAUAAUAUUAGAUUGCAUAGGAACAGAGGCACGGAAUUUAAAAUAGAUUAGUCACGGAGGAAAUGCCAGGCUGUUUUGUUAGAAAAGUGUGCACAGUGAAUUACCUUCUUAGAUUUUCACUUUUUUGAAAAAUUUCCUUUCUAAGACAUACCAGAUUAUGACACGUCAUAAUUUGUAUGUGGGUUUCAAGAAGAAAUAUUGGGAAAGGGAUGCUUAGCAUUUACUUUAUUUUGGGGUGGAGGCUGAUAUUUUCCUGAAGACUUAAAGGAGCUGCUUUCAAUCUAAGUGCUAGUGAAAGUGGCUCUUAGAUUCAAGGGUAUCCCUUUUCCUCCAUUUUUUAGUAUUGAGACAUUUUAAUAUUGUCCUCUAAUUAAAUUAUCAAAUUAUGGUAUCCUUACAGGUAUUAAUAUGCAUAUAAAGGUUUUCUUAAGAACCUAUGGCUGCCUGGCAAGGUCAGCCUUCUUUAUUCUUGUUUGGGUGUUGGAUGCUGGACAGUUAGGUCUUGAAAGAAAAUAAUUUCAAGGAACCAUUGGGAAGUUUCUUGUUUUAAUUUUAUUAGUAUCUUGUACGAAAGUUAAUGUGCCAUCCUGGUAUUAGAAACACGUUAUAUUUCUUGGCUCUGGUGAUUCCCAGUUAUAGGUGAAUGAAUCAGUAAUAAUAAUACAAACAUGGAGGCAUUGUAGAUUUUUUAUUUCAUUUUGCUUACUAAUUGUGGAUGUUAUUAAAAUGACAGAAAUCCUUAGCAAUACUAUAGCUGAUAAAAGGAAAUUUAGUGAGUUCAUAUGUCUAGUAAACAAAUUGAUAUAUUUAAUAAUUUAUAUCUUGUCCUUUUUCAGAAUUAUUAAUACAAUUUAACCUCAACUAAAUUAAUUAAAAAUUUUCCCUUUUUGUGACCAGUAAAUAACACCCAUCGUCUUAUAGGGAAGUUAAUAUAUUUUCAUCCUCCCUCGUUGUUAGAGAAUCAGUUAAAGCAUUUGAUAUUUUAAUCACACUUUAAGGACAUAAUGGUUUAUUAUUUAAGAUGGGGGGGGUUGCACUGUGGUUGCUUUGAAAGAAGAAAUUAAGUGUAUUACAAAGUGGAAGAGAUCUUUGAAGAAUAUAUGGGUUGAACUUUAAGUAUUCAAAAUAAAAGGUGGUUGGAUGGAAACAGAAAUGUCAGGUUUUUUUGUCUCUUGACCUAAACUCUAAGACUUGGGCCUCGUUCCAUUAGAGGUCUGUUUGUUGGUGCAGUUCAUGUGCAUUAUGAAUAUGAUGUUUUAUGUUACCUUUGUGGAAAUGAGCAUUUUAUAAUAUGUUUUGAUCAGUAUUAAGAUCCAGCUAAUGUAUAAUUGUCUUGCAUAUGCAUAUUUUAUCGUGGAGUUAAUUAAGUAUAUUAAGUAAUAAAUAAUACUCUUUCAAGCAUGAUAGAAGAGUCUCAGCCCCUUUGUUUUGGAUUCAGUUUUAUAUCUUCUUUCAUUCUUUUAAGUGGAAUGAAGAAUAGUAGUUAUGAUAUUAAAUGCAAAUUUUCUUUUUGAUCUGGCAUGUUCAAAAACUAGUACAAUUGUAGAGUAUACUCUUAAACUUAAUAAUGAAACAAGUGGGAAUUCUGAGAAGUUGGUGCUGGAAAAAAAUAGUAAUCCUCAUCUUGUCAGAAUUCGCACAGCUAAAACCUGGCAUUAAGCUUUCAAACACUUUGUCAUUUCUCAGCACCUUGGAUUUAGGGGGCUGCGCAGUUAAUUUGCACAGUAUGUUAAUUUUAAGGAGAAAUUUCUAGAAAAAGGAUGCCUUCUACAUGCUCAGAGGACAUUCAUGUUUUUUGAAUGACUUGUUUGUUGGUUGGUUGAAGAAUUUCCAGCCAUAUCCUAUGAAGGGGUAAGACACUUUUUCCUCCAGUUUCAUUCAGAAUUCAGAAAAAAAUCAAUAGGAGGGAACAUUUUAUGUUCCCCAAAUUACUGUUAAUUCAUUAGGAGCUGUGUGUUCAACUCAUAGCUCUGACAGUAAUAAGAUCCUGAAUAUUUUAAGAUCACUGAAUGCUUACUGAUUUGCCUAGGUUAAAUUAUUUGGUACUUGGAACACAGAAACACCAGCUCUGCAAUCUGAAGUAACCCAUGAUCAUCAGGAGUGUCACUAGCCCAGGAAAAGACCAGAACACAAAGUGGCGUGGUUUCUACUCAGUGUAGAUGGCUUUCCCACCAUCAAAAAGCUGAAAAAUCGUAAGUCGAACCUGUGAGUUGGGUACCGUUUGUAGAUGUCAUGUAAAGUGUUAAUCAUAUUGUCUGAUGCAAAGUCAGUAUUCAGCAAAUGGCAACGUAACAGACUUCUCUUCUCCCGGAAUCUGAUUAUUCUUCACCUCACCUUUCACACCACAGAAGCAAGCAGCAAAACGCAUAGACAGAAGUCGAGUCCAUCCACAGUAAUGGCCGCGGCCUUACCCAGGACGCUGGGGGAGUUGCAGCUGUACAGAAUAUUACAAAAAGCCAAUCUGCUCUCUUAUUUUGAUGCCUUUAUCCAACAAGGUGGUGACGAUGUCCAGCAGCUCUGUGAAGCGGGGGAGGAGGAGUUCUUGGAAAUCAUGGCCCUCGUGGGCAUGGCCAGCAAGCCCCUUCACGUCCGAAGGCUCCAGAAGGCGCUAAGAGACUGGGUGACAAACCCCGGCCUGUUCAACCAGCCGCUGACGUCGCUGCCCGUCAGCAGCAUCCCCAUCUACAAGCUGCCGGAGGGCUCGCCCGCCUGGCUGGGCGUGUCCUGCAGCAGCUACGACAGGGGCAGCGGCGCCCGCGAGCCGCACCUGAAGAUCCCCAAGUGCGCCGCCGCCACCUGCGUGCAGAGCUUGGCUCAGGGCAAGGCCGACGCGGCGGGGAGCGUGGUGCUGCCGGGCCUCGGGGAGGCCAGACUCUGGCAGGGCCACCACGCCCCCGAGAGCGAACACAGCCUCUCGCCCGCCGACCUGGGCUCGCCCGCGUCGCCCAGAGAGAGCAGCGAGGCGCUGGACGCGGCCGCCGCGCUCUCCGUGGCCGAGUGCGUGGAGCGGCUGGCGCCGUCGCUGCCCAGGAGCGACGCGGGUGACGUGCGGGAGCUGCUGAGGAGCAACAAGAAGCUGGCCAAGAUGGUCGGCCACAUCUUCGACAUGAGCGACGACGACCCGCGCAAGGAGGAGGAGAUCCGCAAGUACAGCGCCAUCUACGGCCGCUUCGACUCCAAGAGGAAGGACGGGAAGCACCUCACGCUGCACGAGCUCACUGUUAACGAAGCGGCUGCUCAGCUCUGUGUGAAGGAUAACGCUCUGCUGACGAGAAGAGAUGAACUGUUUGCCCUGGCCAGGCAGAUUUCUCGAGAAGUCACCUACAAAUAUACCUACAGAACCACUAAGUCAAAAUGCGGAGAAAGAGAUGAAUUAUCCCCGAAGAGAAUUAAAGUGGAGGAUGGAUUUCCAGAUUUCCAGGACUCUGUGCAAACGCUUUUCCAGCAGGCCAAAGCGAAGAGCGAAGAGCUUGCUGCCCUUGGUUCACAGCAGCCUGAAAAGGUGAUGGCAAAGCAGAUGGAGUUCCUUUGCACCCCAGCUGGCUAUGAGAGACUGCAGCACGCCGAGCGGAGGCUCCCGGCGGGGCUCUACAGGCAGGCCUCCGAGGAGCACAGCCCGAACGGCGCGGCUUCUGACACCUCGGAUGGGCAAGGAGAAAGACCUUUGAAUCUCCGAAUGCCUAAUUUACAGAACAGACAACCCCAUCAUUUUGUGGUGGAGGGAGAGCUGAGUAGACUUUACUCCAGUGCGGCAAAGUCCCAAUCAGAGAGUCUUGGGAUUUUAAAAGACUACCCUCACUCAGCUUUCACGUUAGAAAAGAAAGUCAUCAAAACAGAGCCUGAAGAUUCAAGAUAGCUGUGAUUCUCCCACUGUUCUCUGGAAAUGGCAGUUGAAGGAUAAUGCUCCGUCAUAGAACACGCCUUAAUAACCAGCGUUGCCUCAUUCACUCAAACAGACUUCAUAGCCAAAGCAUAAGGACUGAUUCGGAGUCUGCGGAAACCAGGAAGGGAACACGGCAGCCACAAAGGAGAAAAUUGAGAGAAUGUUGCAGUCUGUAACAGAAAUACUGAUCCAUUCACAUUCCUGUGUAAGUCGUUUUAUGUGGAAAAGCUUACAAAUUAAUAUUGUAAGCAUUCAUUAUUUAAGAAUGUACAAUGUAUUUGUGUAAUUUAUAGAAGUAAAAUCUAGAUGUGGAGACAUGUUUGGUCCAGUAAAUGUGGAUACAGUUUAUUUUACUUGAAAUUUCACUAUUUUAAGUGUGUUUAGCAUAAAUAUUAUUAUAGGUUAGAGUUUAGAAUCUUUGCAGUCAUAAAGAAAGUUUAAGCGAUGUAGUUAUUGACAAGGUUGCAAUGGUUUUGGAAAAAUGGAAAGCAAAUGCUUAAUUCAAACCAAGGAAAAUAUUGUGGAUUUAAUAUUUGAUAAAACCAACUUUGUUUAACAGGAAAUGUGUCACUUUUGGAAGUAAAAUGUCACUUUUGCUGGCUCAGACCCACUUACGCAAUUAAUAAAUACUAAAGUAAAGUUUAAAAGAUGAACAAGAGAGUAGAAAAUCUCUCUUACGUAGUUGAUUCGAAUUGUAGUAUAUCAUUCUCUCAUCAUAAAAAUAGGAAGCUGGUCCUUGGACAGAGAACUUGAAAUAAGUGAACUGAUGUGUAAAAGCCGUGACUUAAACAUUGUUGUUGACGAAUGUGUUGAAUAGAUUAAGUCUUAGUAAGUUAACCCCAAAUGUGAUAAGGAUGGUGACUGUCAGAAAGGCUAUAAUAUAAAAUAGAGUCAGCACCAGUGUAUGUUUAGCAGUUCUUGAUGUCCUCGAUGGAGUCAGAGAAAGUAGGCGUCUCGCCCUUGGGGAAUGUCUUCCCACCCAGACCGUCCCAAGUGUGGACAAUUGUUACAUCCACAUUUGCAGGCAUAAUUCUGUGGAGGUUUAGUUGACACCUGGAUUCAUUAUUUAUUUUACAGUUUUGUGUACCUUUCAUAUUUGCAUAGGCAGUUUUUCUUUAAAUUCAUUUUAGCUUGAAAGUCUCUUCAAUUCCCCUAUUUAAUAAGUGGGCUGUGUGCAUAUUUAGGGGGGUGCUUCAAUGUUGAUAAUGUCCUUGCAUACUUACGAGAAGUUCACAUUGGAACCCAUAGUUUAAAAAAAAAAUACCAUUUCUACCAAUUUACAUUUUUUCUGUUGGUUUAAGAGAAGACAUUUGACAGCUUUACCUACUUCCUCCAGAUUCAUCUAAACCCAGAUAUUGAUGAGAACAGCAUCCUGAGUUGGGAUACAUACUACAUAUGUAGUGUUUUUUGUUUGUUUUUAGUUCUGCUCUAAGUCCUAACUGUGUACAAAAUACUAAGUCAUAAUCCGUUAUACUGGAGCUCAUCGGCCACACAUUAGAUGAAAUGUCUGGACUGUAGUCUCUGAUCACUGUCACAUGUAUAAUUGCUUUUUCAUUCUGAUUUGUAGAAUAGCUUUAUAGUAGAAACACCAGUAAACAACUUUUAUACUGUUGAAAGGCUCUUUUCCCCUAAGUGUUUUAAUUGUACCAUAGUGUUUUGCCCACUGAAGAAGCUUUUUAUGGACCUUGCAACUUUGUUGCUAGCUUGAGAUUGAUUAUUGUGGUUGUUUUGUUCACUGUGUAUAGAAAUAGUUUGAGUACGAUCUAAAUAGAUUGUUCAGUUUUUAAUAUUAGCCAUAGAACUGGUUAGUAUCUCAGUAGUUUCAUGAAACGUUUCCUGUAUUCUAAUCUAUUUUGAGAAAUUUUGUGGGUUUUUUUUUAAUUGUGUCUUACAGUUCAAGUUUGUAGAUUUUAAUAAGCAACAAUUUUUAAAGAUGCAGUGACCUUCCCGUUAAUACUUACCUGUCUUUCAUGGCCCCACAAACUGCAUCUUUAAAUCCAUAAGUAAGUUUCCUUAAGUAUCACACUUUCCUAGUCUUUCAAGCUUAAUGAUAAGGGGGAAGCACAAGAAAAAUUUCAGUAGAAUACAGUUUUUAUUUUGUAAACACUAAUGUAUUAAAUUUGCUAUAUACAUUGAAGCAAAUAAUAUAUAUUUUUAUUUGAAUUGUAUAUAUGAAUUGGAUGUUAUAACUAGUUGAUUUUUUCAUUGUGUUCGAGGUAUUUUCACUGAACAAGGUCAAUUGGUUACCUCAGUAUUAUAGCCGAUAUAGUCCAAGGGACCGUUUCUCCCCAAGUCUGCGUUGUACUUGAUCACGUGACGUCUGCGUUCCUGUGACUCUUACAUCUGUUGGUGAGGUGGGACGAGUGCACUUGCUUCCUGUGGCAAUAAAGAUUUCUGUGCCUCACACA